AUGCCAACCAAGCUUUAUUAUCCAGACACACAAGAUUUCAGCAUUCAUAAUUUGCCAAUUUAUAACAUUGUUUCGGUAAAGUUUAAAUAAAACAUUUCUUAUCAAUUAUCAGUCAAUAUAUUAAUCGGAAAGUAUAGGGUGACUUCCACACUAUAAAUUUGUGCGUGUUGCUACAACACCAAAAUGGUACGGUGUAAUCGUUGCAGCUCUCUAGACACUGCCACUUUGUGUAAAUGUUAAAACCAUUUAUACCUUAUUGGAUGUACGAGUGUAUUUGGUGUUUCCCUAGCACUAGCACAAAAUUGAAUGGUGUAGACGUUUACACUAAUCAAUUACUACAUACUUAGCUGAAAUAAUUACAUUAUUUACCAUUUUUGGUAUAGGAUUGGUUAAUAGGGAGCUUUAGAUUUGACUACGAGUACGACUACGAGUACGAGAUUUGAUCGCGUGCGAGAAAGUUACCGUAGUCGUUCUCGUUUCCGAUCAAAUGUUGCUUUUAUAACAGUAAAUCAACAACGAGAGAAAAAGUUUCAUAAACUAAAUCUCCUGCUGACUAAAAUCCCCUCCAAACCGGCAAAUAAGUCAUAACAUUAAAAACAGGCCAGAUAUUUAGUACUAAUAUAUUAUUUGCGCCGGAUAAACGCUAUAUAAAUGCUACAAAUUAUUUUUGGAAAACAAAAAAAAGCCAACUUUCUUUGUUUUUUUUGAAAAGUCGUCGUGAGGACUACGAGGUUUCUCCACAAUUUCGUACUCAGAUGGGCGACGGCUACGACUUUUUAGCGUCAGUACGGGAUGGCGUAAGCAUACAGCAUGCGUUUAGCUUGACGAAUCUCGUACUCGUAGUCGUACUCGUAGUCAAAUCUAAAGCUCCCUAAUGUCAGGAUUAGGAUGAGGAUUAGAUAAACGUUAUAAUUACGCUUAGGAUUUCAGAUACGAUUAUGAUUAGGAUAAUUGUAAGGGUUUGUGCGAGUCAUUCUCGACAUCGCUCUAUAGUAUUAGGGUUUGAAUCUACUUCUUUCAGUUUAGUACGAAUAAUCAUCAAAUAAAUGCACAGUCAUUAUAUAUAAUCAAUAUAUAAAUGAGAUCCCGUUACCAGUUGUCCGACUAGGCAAUGCCCACUAAAAUUAAACACCAUGUCCAUGUCCAUGUCCGGCAGUAUGGAAGUCGGGCCAGUACCUACACUAAAAUGGACAAAUCGUAACUCGCUUUAUUGUUUUGCAGUACCAACUUUCCAUUGCCAUGAAUUUGGGAUCUCUACGAUAUGAUAAACUCUUCGACUACAGCGAUAAUUUGGCAGAUGAUCAAGCCAAAGUACUUGUGAAAAAAUACUACGAUGAUCUCCAUGGCGAAGUCAACAAGCUAAUUAUCAAGAGAAAUUGCAAGAGGCAGCUGGUGGGCAAGUUCAUUUAUCCAUACUUCAUGCCACAAUGGUUGACCAACAGCAUACAUACAUAAUAACUUAACUUUUUCGUAACUUUAGACGUUAACUGUUAACUUAGUAGGCGAGAAUAAUUUUAAAGUAUUUUUACUAUAGCUAUAGUUAGUUACAAUUAAUUGUUGAUUAGUUUAGCACAAAGUCACACUGGCUUAAGAAGUUAAGGAUCUUUUUCUUUGUUAAUUAUAUUUUUCUUAAUUAAAUAUGUGCCAGCCACUGUUGUAUUGUGGUAAUGUUUUGUUUAAUGAAAUCAAGUACCAGUUCGCACAACAUGGAUUUGUAAUGCAUUAUUAGUACUCUAGCUGUUUUAACAUAAACAUUGUAUUAAAAUAAACAUUUUGUAAAAGUGUACGUUCAUUUGCAUUCAUUGUUUGGUUAAUUUAUCUUGAUCCAUGCAGUGAAAACUAUAGUAUGUAUUCACGCUUAAACUUUUUAAAAACAUUCGUAAAAUUUAACUCGUGAUGUGAGCUUAAUUCUAUACGAUUGACUCCCGAAGGUAAACCCUGCGCAAAGUGAUCGUCUCCCGAAUAUAUAAUCACUACUACAAAAUACAUGCAUGCAGAAACGCCUUGCUGACAAAACCAUUGUAUUUUCCGAACAUGAAGUAUUUAAAGUAGUUGUCAUGGUAACACCAUAGUUUUGUUAAGAAUAUUUCUACAAAUGAAAAAUCCCCUAAAAAUAUCAAUUCUAAUUACAAAAUUAUACUGUAUUACAUGUAUUGGGGUUCCUGAUUGCGACGCAUUCGUCUUCUCAGUGCCACUGAAGAGAAAGAUAGGGUGGUCUCUUUGGAGUAUCUUUGCUUGGAAAAGCUAAACUAGAAUUUCGUCCUAAAAUGCUAUUUCAUGCCUUUUUCCACGAGCAAAUUAUUUCAGCCAUGGUUUAGGUUUCUGGCGAUGCUUAAAUUUCAGUCCCCAAAUUCCUACCGGGUCAAUUGACUCGGUUGAACUCAUAGCUAGUUAUCGGCCAGCACAUGAUGGUCAAAUUCAGAAAUGUUAACAACUUAACAUCAUUUUUUUCACUUUGAUACCUAAUUGCUGGUUGACAACUGUUACGAGCCGGUCCUUACUACUUUAUUUGGCCGCGCUUUUGGUUUUAUUUACUCGCAACAAAGAUUGUGAAACCAAUUACUUUCAAUGAUAUAUUUAUUUUCUUAUAUAUUACUCAAUAAUUAGCGUCUCUAUAACUUUCCUUAAUAUAUAUAAUAUAAUUCUUAAUACUUUUCAACUUAUCUCUUUUCUGUCUGAUUGAGCACAACUCUUUUGUCUUCGUCUUCUUCACGUAACUUCGCCUUAAUUGCAUGUAACUUCAAGAACUCUUUCGUAUAUAACUUGUAUAACUUGUAAUAAUCCUUCCUUAACAAUCUUCUUUAUAACUCUCCAAAAUGAUAUUCACGUAAGGCGCUGAGGCCUUAUGAAUCAUGUAAGGCGCGAAGGCCUAUGAAUCAUGUAAGGCGAGAAGGCCUAUGAAUCAUGUAUUAGAGUUGUGCUCUCCCUUAUAUACCGGUUCAGAGAGGAACUUUUUAACUUGCAGUGUCAUUACUCGUGGAAGAUUUUUACAAUUUUCUUGCGGUAACUGUCCCGUCCGUUAUACGCACUUGUGGUAACUAAAUAUUUACUUGCUCAUGCGUGACAUAUGUAUGAUAAAAAGUGUUAAUGUAUAAUAUAUAAUGUUGUAAAAUAUACAUGAUAAUAGCUAUAAUGUAGCAACCACCUACUGCAGGUAGUUCUGUAGGACCUUGCACUGGAGGGGACAAAUUUGCCGACUGGAGGGGCCACUAAGAGGGACAUGUCCCCCCUCCCCCAGUCUAUAUGUUAAAAGAGGCCCUGUUGUCAAAUACCACAAGUUUAAUAAGUGUUUAAUAUAUUUCAAAACUGGUGUAUUAAGGUCUCUAAUAACGAAAUAGAUUGGACCGUAUGGUAGAAACCGAAAUAGAUUGGACAGUAUGGUAGACUGAGUUAAUAAUGCCUAUCACUAAGACAAGUUACUCAUUUCCUAAAAAUGUAUCUAUGGUACCGGUACCAUAGAUACAUUUUUAGGAAAUGAAUAAUUUGUCUUAGUGAUAGGCAUUAUUAACUCUACCAUGCAUACUAUAUUAUGUAUAUAUGUACGGAGGGAUAUUUAUCGUAAGCCGUUUUUCUACCGACUCCAAAAUUUAAAAAAAUAACGUAAUCGGAUCAAAUUUUGAAUAGUUACAAUAAUUGUUCAAUCGCAAAAAUUCGAUCUCUUGGCCUUGAGAAUCAUUGACUGAAAUUCAUCAUCGAGUUUCCAGAUCAUAACAUAUAUCUUGAUUGACUGUGUUGGCAAUUUCCGUUUGCGGACAUUACUACAUGCAGCCAAGCUUUCCUUUCACACGGAUACUAUUGAAUAUUUAAUAAUGGAUACCAGUAAUAUUUGUUAUAUAGGCACUAAGGACAAUGAAAUGUUUUGUUAUGAGUUUCGUUUUGUUUUGUUUAGUAAUUGAACUAUGCCUAUCGAAAUUCAUGUUUUGCAACUGAAUUUAGAGUUUAAGUACAACAUUCGAGCUAUGAUAGAAAAUAUACGUACAAAUAGUGGAUUGAAGUUUUUUUGUCAAAAUGUUAGUUAAAAAUCUAUUUUAACAUAGAUAUGCAAAGAAGGAUUAAAUAUUUUCGAAGUUAAAUUACGUUGACUCAGUCCAAUCUAUUUCGUUAUUGUCUGUCCAAUUCAGGGGGCAAAAAAAGGUGGAGGAAGGGGCAAGCGAGCACAGCAGAAUGAUUCGUGUAUUUUUACCUGUUUCUCUAUAUAGGUGUACAUAUAGGAAACACAUCAUCGAUAAUAAAUUCGCUCGAAGAUCAAGUCCAUGUUUUACAAGUCCAUGUUUUACAAGUUCAUGUUUUACAAGUCCAUGUUUUACAAGUCCAUGUUUUACAAGUCCACGUUUUACAAGUCCAUGUUUUACAAGUCCAUGUUUUACAAGUCCAUGUUUUACAAGUCCAUGUUUUACAAGUCCAUGUUUUACAAGUCCAUGUUUUACAAGUCCAUAUUUUACAAGUCCAUGUUUCACAAGUCCAUGUUUUACAAGUCCAUGUUUUACAAGUCCAUGUUUUACAAGUCCAUGUUUUACAAGUCCAUGUUUUACAAGUCCAUGUUUUACAAGUCCAUGUUUUACAAGUCCAGUCCAUAGUUCCAGUCCAUGUUUUACAACAUGCUUUCCCGAAUAUAUUCUGCACAACGAAAUCAAGACCUCUUAUUAGGUUUAUUACUCAAAUCGUUUUUCGUGAAAUGGAAAGUCCUCAUCAAGCCUAUUUUAUCAUUAAGCAUUUUUAUCACAAACGUUAACUAUUGUGUGGAAAAUUAAUGAAUAUUUUGCUGAGGUUCACCAUGUAACGUGUUCAACUGUGUUGUCUAAUGUAGCAAUGACGAACAAGGCAUAUUCAACUGUGUCUAAUGAUGAUCAGCAACAUACUUGAAACAAAUUAAACUGCAUAUUGAAACAGUCUUUAUUCUGUAUGACGUGAAUCUCUGUCCGUAUCACCUGGAGCAUGACAUUGUGCGUGCAUCAAUAUUUAUGACUGCAAAUCAACUUUGGGUGAUUAUAUAAGCUGGGUGGUUUUGCUACCUUUUGCAUACAAGUUCACAAGACCUUGGCCUAGACAGUUCUUUAAGAUAUCAAUCUUCGCAGAAUCGCAGGAAGCUUGGAAUGGCGAAACGUUCCCUUCUGUUGUUAUUACAAGUCGCCCUUUUUGCGAAUGGUGUAAUGUCUUGCUGUUUCCAGUAUGAAAUAACAAUCUUUAUUUUAAUACCUUUUGGAGUCAUUAUACUCGCAAUCUAUACUGUGUGUACAGUGUACAUUUUGUACCUCGAUUAUUAUGAUACAUAUUUCUUAAAAACUAAUGAAUUCAUUCAUUUUAAUUGUAGUUCUAGGCAUGUUCGUUCUUCAAAAUUCGACUUUGACCAUUUGGCCCGUGAGCUAGAUGAACAAGAGAUCUUCACACAAGAAGAAAGAGGGAUACCACAUCUCGACUUAGCAAAGUUCUUUGAUAGAAUAAACGACUUUGCAGACCAAUCACCGCUGAAGAAAGAAAUUGAAGAGGACUCGGAAUAUCGUCCAAAGAAGAAAGAAGACUUGGAGAAGCUCGUCAUUCUCGCCAUGAUCGAUGAGAAUGCGCUGUCAGGAGUUCCAACAGAAC